UCCACUCAUGCACAUAAUGUCUGUUGACAACAUACCUAGCCUCCUGAGGAAAGUGGCAUUUUUUCAUUACAUCCCUGAGAACUGCAACAAGCAGGCAACAUGAAGCCUAAAUCUCUUCCAUCUAGGUUCUUCAACAGAAAUUCAGCAGCAGCGUCAGGUGAGACUCUGAGUAUAGGAGCAACAAAGUAUCAGCGACAUGUGGACUGUAUGGAUCCCCCAGAGAGUGAGGAGAACCCUGACUGCAAAGACAACCAGCCAGUGAAAGACAACAGCAGACAAAAUGAGAAGAGCCACAGAGAAAUACACUUUGCCUUUCUGUCUGAGAGGUAUGAGCCACUGACGGAUGAUGAGGCACAAGUCAAGACAGAGGAAGAGAAGAAGAAAAAGAAGAAAGAAAAAUACAAAAAAGUAAAGAAGAAUGUCGGCAAGGCACUGCGCUCCACCUGGAAGUGUCUAAUGCUUGGCCUAUACCAUUUUGCCCUCGGCUACUCUACUCCAAUCACGGUGGCAGCUACUUUUGUUCCUGACUUUCACCCAGGCAGAAACAGGACCUGAGCUGAUCUGCAUGAAUCUCCUCCACUUUCUUUACAAGUGUAAACAAGAACACUGGCCAAAGCCUUUUGAUAUUUAUGUUUGUGUAUUUGAAAUUAAAUUUUUUUUUUUACAUGUCUCCACAAGGUGUAAUCAAAAAAUGUACUCAUUUGUUGAUUUUGAUGUAUGCAAAUAUGUUAUAAAGGUAUUUCUUUGCAAAAUAGGGCUUUUUCACUGCAGACAUUUUGACUUGCCAUAGUAGGAAAAGGACAGGUGUUACCUAUAACACUAAGGAUGGCUCAUUUCUAUUAAACUGUUUCACACCUGUGCUUUUCCUGCUGUGAUAUGUUAAACUGUCUUCUAUGAAUAAAAGACAUAUUGCUGAUCUUAUUAAUUGUUGAUAUUGAAAUCUUAAAGUUGUUGAUGAUCAUAAUGUGUAAUCAUGAUAUAUAUACUAUGGCCCAAUUUUUAACCAUAUUUGCAGAAAGAAUGCAUUUUUAAUAUCAUAUUAUUAGAGACAGAGGCUGUAAAAUUGCUCUGUGCUCCUCUAGCUUAGAUACUGAAAAAUGCAUGUGCCUUUUUUCAUUUAGAGAAUGUUUUUAUUUUUAUUUUUUUACUAAGUAUCUAGUUGGUGUUUGCAUGUGUGCAGAGGGAUAAUGUGUUAAUGUGGCAUCUACAGCACAACAGGAAGGACUAUGUAGGAGUAUUUACUGUAGCUGCAGAUGAAGUGAAUCGGGGCAGAUACUGCUUAAAGGGGUUUACAGGCAGAAAAGACUGAAAUGAUCAUCAGUGAAGCACCAAGGCUGAAAGGAUGUGGGCGCACAUAGUGAGAAACAAACCAGGCCACCCCCUGCCCCUCCUCUCAGAGUGGAACAACUGAAUCACUGAUCUCAUCUCAAGAGUAUUUCUCAAUUCUCAAACUGUCAAAACAAGGCAUUGAGAUGAACAACAGACUUCAAAUGACUGGAUAAUGAUGAUUAUGGCUAAAUUACUGUGGACUGCAAGUUUAAGAGGGUUCUCUGUUCAGAAUAUGAAUAAUAGUGAGGUUCCAAAACUGAGUGAUUUUGUACAUCUGAGAGCUUGUUGAGUUUUGCAUGUGAUGAUAAUUGCUAAUGCUAAUUUGGAGUAUAAUGUAAAAUGUGCUGCAGAACAAAGCUAAUUUGGAAUACUGUAGCUUUAUAAAAACAAACAAACAAACAAAAAACAAGAUGUAAAACACACAGACAAGAUCAGUCCAUACUUGAAAGAUUUCAAAUUAAUUUGGAUCACAGGUGUGAUUGUUGUGGACUGGAUUAGGAAAUAAUCACCCACUUAUUCAUUUACUAUGUUUAGUCCAGGAUGUUUUGGACAUAUUUAGAGACAGACACCUGGGAUUGUUAUAAAUGUAAGAAAAAUCUAUUAUGUUGUUUUAUUUUCAAGACGACAUAAAAGAUAGAAGACCUAUUAUAUGUAGUUCAUUUGUGCAUUUUAGUUGAAAAAUAUCAUAUUCAUUAAGAAAAAUGGUCAAAUGCUAAGCAAUUUUUUCAAAGCUUUCUUUAUGAUUUUAAAUGAACAGUAGACUUUGUAAAAUUAUUAUUAAAUAAGCAUUUUACUUAACUAUGUUAUUGUAGUUUAAGACCCGUUUGUCUCUGUGAUGAAAAUAAAAAUGUAAAGAGUC